AUGGAUUUAAUUUCUGAGGUGGCAAGCUCAACCCCGAGAGACGUCUCUCCCGGAAGCAGCCCAAUAUACGUUUCUUCCGGCCACGUGUCAGAUGCACAUCGAGCCGAGGAAUCCUCUUCAUCCACGCACUUCUCAACAGCCUCCCGAUCUCCGUCUUGUCAGCUCGCUGCUCUCUGGAAUCUCCUCGACUAUAUCAUUUGGAGCACUCAUGCUAAUCUCUGCUGUGGCUUUGCUUUUGCGCCACCUGCGUUCGCUAGGCUUGGUGCAGGAAAAGCCUUCUUGAGAAUUACAGGUGAUGAUUGGAACACAUGGAGAGACGUUGUUUCACAUUUCGAUAUCUCGAGGUCAAGCUUCAUGUGUAUUACUGUAUAUGGAGAUGCCUGCACUUGCUCUGCCUAA